CUCUCAGUGACAUCUGGACUAAACACAGAAAGAAACAGCCAUGAAAAUAGAUAUUCACAAUCACAUCCUGCCCCAAGAGUGGCCCGACCUGAGACAGAGAUAUGGAUAUGGAGGCUUCAUACAACUGCAGCUUCAGAACGGGGAGGGUCGGAUGAUGAAGGAUGGGAAGUUGUUCCGUGUGGUUCAGGAAAACUGUUGGAACCUUGAGGCCCGGAUCCGAGACAUGGACCGAGAUGGAGUCACUGUCCAAGCUCUGUCCACCGUCCCCGUCAUGUUCAACUACUGGGCCCGUCCCGCUGACUGCCUGGACCUGUGCCGGCUGCUGAAUGACGACCUGGCGCGGCAGGUGCGGUCCUGUCCGGGCAGGUUCGUGGGUCUGGGCACCGUCCCGCUCCAGGACCCGGGACUCGCCGAGGUCGAGAUGAGACGCUGUGUCCAAGAACUCGGAUUCCCCGGACUCCAGAUCGGAUCUCACAUCAACGAGUGGGACCUGAACGCACCGGAGCUCCACCCAUUCUACGCCGCAGCAGAGGAGUUGGGCUGCUGUCUUUUCGUUCACCCCUGGGACAUGCAGACAGAUGGACGCAUGGACAAGUACUGGCUCCCCUGGUUAGUGGGGAUGCCUGCAGAGACGACCACAGCCAUCUGCUCCAUGAUCUUUGGAGGAAUUUUCGAGCUCUUUCCUAAACUCAGAGUGUGCUUCGCUCACGGAGGUGGGGCGUUUCCUUACACGGUGGGACGUGUUGCUCAUGGACACGCCGUCAGACCCGACCUGUGCGCCCGGGACAACCCCCAGUCUCCUCUUAAAUACUGCGGAACCUUCUACACCGACUCCCUCACCCACGACCCCCGAGCCCUCAGACUGCUGCUGGACGUCAUCGGAGAGGACCGUGUGAUGUUGGGCUCAGAUUAUCCGUUUCCUCUGGGGGAACUUCAGCCUGGAGCUUUGAUCCAGUCCAUGAGCGACCUGCCCCAGAGCGUCCAGGACAAACUUCUGGCUGGAAACGCUCUGGAGUUUUUGGGCCUUAAACGAGAACAGUUUGAAUAAAGUACAUAAAAUACUUUAAAGUAAAUGUUACUUCACUGACGACACCUUCCAGAGUUUUAGGCAGUUUAAUAAAGUAUCAGUUC